GUUUGAUAUAUGUCGUAAAUAGUUGUGAUAGAGAAAGAAUCACUGAAUCUCAAAGAGAGCUGUUUGAAGUCCUUGAUAGUCCUGAGAUGAGAGGAGUUCCUGUUCUCGUUAUUGCUAACAAACAAGAUUUACCCGGUGCCAUGAAAGUAACGGAAAUUUCUGAUUUGAUGACAUUACAUAAGAUUGCAUCUAGAGACUGGUUCAUCCAAGCAGCAAGUGCAACAAAUGGAGAAGGAAUAAUUGAAUCCAUGAUAAAAAUGGAUAACAUGGUCAAGGAAUACAGAGAGCUUUCUUAACUUUAUUCCCCAGAAAAGAAUUAUUUUGCCUUGUGAUAGCAA